GCCGCGGCCGCGGAGGAGCAGGACACGGGGCCCGGACGGAGCUCGGCGCUAGGAAGAAGCCGGGAGCUUCCCUGAUGGUGCCGCCGCCUCCGAGCCGGGGAGGAGCCGCCAGGGGCCAGCUGGGCAGGAGCCUGGGUCCGCUGCUGCUGCUCCUGGCGCUGGGACACACGUGGACCUACAGAGAGGAGCCGGAGGACGGCGACAGAGAAAUCUGCUCAGAGAGCAGAAUCGCGACGACUAAAUACCCCUGUCUGAAGUCUUCAGGCGAGCUCACCACAUGCUACAGGAAAAAGUGCUGCAAAGGAUAUAAAUUUGUUCUUGGACAAUGCAUCCCAGAAGAUUACGACGUUUGUGCCGAGGCUCCCUGUGAACAGCAGUGCACGGACAACUUUGGCCGAGUGCUGUGUACUUGUUAUCCAGGAUACCGAUAUGACCGGGAGAGACACCGGAAGCGGGAGAAGCCAUACUGUCUGGAUAUUGAUGAGUGUGCCAGCAGCAAUGGGACACUGUGUGCCCACAUCUGCAUCAAUACCUUGGGCAGCUACCGCUGCGAGUGUCGGGAAGGCUACAUCCGGGAAGAUGAUGGGAAGACGUGUACCAGGGGAGACAAAUAUCCCAAUGACACUGGCCAUGAGAAGUCUGAGAACGUGGUGAAAGCCGGAACUUGCUGUGCCACGUGCAAGGAGUUCUACCAGAUGAAGCAGACUGUGCUGCAGCUGAAGCAAAAGAUUGCUCUGCUCCCCAACAAUGCAGCUGACCUGGGCAAGUACAUCACUGGUGACAAGGUGCUGGCCUCAAACGCCUACCUUCCAGGACCUCCUGGCCUGCCUGGGGGCCAGGGCCCUCCCGGCUCACCAGGACCAAAGGGAAGCCCAGGCUUCCCCGGUAUGCCAGGCCCUCCUGGGCAGCCCGGUCCACGGGGCUCAAUGGGACCCAUGGGACCAUCUCCUGAUCUGUCCCACAUUAAGCAAGGCCGGAGGGGCCCUGUGGGUCCACCAGGUGCACCAGGAAGAGAUGGUUCUAAGGGGGAGAGAGGAGCGCCUGGGCCCAGAGGGUCUCCAGGACCCCCUGGUUCUUUCGACUUCCUGCUACUUAUGCUGGCUGACAUCCGCAAUGACAUCACUGAGCUGCAGGAAAAGGUGUUCGGGCACCGGACUCACUCUUCAGCAGAGGAGUUCCCUUUACCUCAGGAAUUUCCCAGCUACCCAGAAGCCAUGGACCUGGGCUCUGGAGAUGACCAUCCAAGAAGAACUGAGACAAGAGACUUGAGAGCCCCCAGAGACUUCUACCCAUAGCACAUCCCAACACCGUCAUGCCAAACGAAGAGAAAGAUCAACUCACCUGCAGUUAAACCAUCUAAAGAGAAAAAACAUCACUGGAGACCUAGAAAACAUACAUUUUUCUCUUCUCUUCUCCUGACAUUCUCCACUCCUCUUCUUCCAAAUACAAUACUGUUUUCAGAGUCCCCUCCUAGGCCUGCAGACACGAGGGAGUGAAUGAUUGAUUUACCUGCUUCUCACUGAGAGUCUGUUGGGGUGGUUUGCAUUGUAACUUUUCUUUUACAUCCUAUUUUUCCAGGAACUUUGGAUUUAAGUACUCUCACAGUGUCUUAAAUCAUAAAUUCUUGAAGUUACAUUUGGCAGAGUAUUAAAAGGGGGAAAAUGGCAAAGUGAGCUCUAGGAAAAUGUGAGGCUACUUCUGAGAUGUGUGUUCAGAAUAGAACAUAACUCCUCUAGUAUCAAAAUUAGGGCUCUUCACUUAAAAGGGGUGGGGAGGACAAACGUGUAGGUGUACUUUGGUGGAGAAUUCUUUUUCCUUGUGCUUCUAGGAGACUUUAAGUAUUGUAUCCCCUUGUCAAACCUUGUUUCCCAAAUUCAAUUAAAGAGAGGAGAGAAUUGAAUGGCAUUUAGAGAAGAUAGAAAAGAAUUACAGUCAUAUAUUUACUGUUAUAUAGAUCGCCACAUUCUAAAAUUCAAAUAUGGUGCUUAAGGUUUCAUCCCAUGCUUAUCUGUAAGUAUCCUAUUUAGGGAAUAAGAUUAAACUCUUUUCAAAAAACAAAGUGAAAUGCCUGGAUUCACACUAAAACAAUGGGCUUUGGUUUGCUAGAAUAUUUUAAAGCUGUUUAAUCAAGAGUGGAGCCUGCUCUAUAAAUAGAGAUUAUUUGUUCAAUAAAGUGGCUGACCUUAGAGAGAGGUGCAGAAUUCCUGGUUCUGAGCAGGUGCCCAGAAGGUACCAUUAGGUGCCAUGAUCCAGGCUGAACCAAUAUGCAGUGGGGCUGAAGUCUGCAAGGAGGUUGCUGGCUUGGGCUGACCUCACUAACGCCGCCAGCAGCGGUAGGUAAAUUUGCUCUACUUGGGUGUUUACAAGUUUUUGUCUGGAGCCAACCACGCUUGCCACCAACAUAUUGAGAAUAAUACACUAUUGAAAGUUAUCUUGGAUGGGGACAAAAAAAAAAAAAAUAGUGGUUUUCCUUGUUGGCAAAAACUUCCUUCCUUUUCCCAUUUUUUCUUAAUUUUCUUUAAUUCAGUCCAAGUUCCAGUUCUUUUAGGCCUUCUCUUUGAUUUCUUUUCCCCUGCAUGUGAGAAGCAGUUCAGAAAAGGGUCUAUUUCUCCACCUCCUAGUGAGCUAGAGUGUUUUCUCAGAGCACCUCUGGGUCCCAAGGGGAAGCAUGUUCCUGCCAAGGUUUGCUGUGGAUUCAGAAGCACCGGGAGCAAGAGACCAUAAGGAUGAUCUGCUCCUUUGUAACGUUGUUGAGGGCCCUCUUGGUUCCAAUGAGCAGCUUAUAGGUUACUCACAGUCCACUUUCUCAUUGGACACACAAAGUGGUUCUUUAUCUACCUUUGCGGGAGAUUUUCACUCUUAUAUUGAGCUUCACAAAUGAUCGUUCUCACACUCAUAUUCCCUCAUGUUGGAAUUUCCCAUCCUGCCAUGUCCUUU